AUAAAGAAAUUGAUUGGUUCACAAAUGUAUGCAUAAGAAAAUGAACCAAUCAAUUUCCUUAUACUUAUGGUUAUGCGCUUAUGGAAAAGUGUGUGUUCCCCGCUUAAUGAUGAUAGAUAAAUCUUUUGAUUGAUAUUACAUUUGACGCAUGCGCAAAAAAGGAAGUCUGCUGUCAACAUCAUGCUAAGUUGAAAUUUGUCGAUAUUUUGAUGGAAUUAUUAAAAAUGAAAAGGAUGUAUCUGCUGGCAUGGCUGCUAUUCGUACUUUAUUAAAAGUAUUGGAACAUUCAAAAUCAGAAACAGUUCAAGAGCUUCGGAUUUGCUUACAACAUGCAAUUGAUGCUAUGCGUUCCACAGAAACUCCAGUUACUGCAAUUGCAUCAGGAAGUGAAUUAUUUUUGCGUUUUAUCACAUUAGCAACAUUAGAUACUCCUUCAUUUGCAGAAUGUAAAGGAAUUAUGCUGGACAGAGGCAAAGUAUUUUAUGAAAAAUUAGUUGCGGCACGAGGAAAAGUAGCUAAAGUAGCAGCACAUUUUAUUACUGAUGGUUCGACAAUACUUACACAUUCAAAAUCAAGAGUUGUAUUACAAGCAAUGAAAGAGGCUGCUGCAAGUAAUAAAACAUUUGAAGUAUAUGUCACAUCGUCAUCUCCCGAUAAUAUUGGAGAAGAGAUGUGCCAAAGUUUAACAAAGUUGGGAAUAUCAUGUACAAUGAUACUGGAUUCUGCAGUAGGAUAUGUGAUGGAACAAGUGGAUAUGGUGAUGGUUGGAGCAGAGGGUGUCGCAGAAAGUGGAGGUGUUAUUAAUAAGAUAGGUACAUAUACAAUGGCAAUAUGUGCAAAAGAAGUAAAGAAACCAUUUUAUGUAUUGACAGAAAGCUUUAAAUUUGCGAGAAUUUAUCCUUUGAACCAAAUAGAUUUACCUGAUGAAUUUAAGUAUACAUCCAGUACUCUAAGUAAUAACUUGAAGAAGGAACAUCCUUUAGUGGAUUAUACUCCGCCUCACUACAUUAGCUUGUUAUUCACAGACUUGGGAAUUUUAACGCCUUCGGCUGUUAGCGAUGAACUCAUUAAAUUAUAUUUAUAAUUUCAAAAGUUUUUUUCAAACAAAUGGUGAGUCCUAAAAUUUGCAACUUUUUUGAUAUGAUACAAGAAUAUCAUGUAUAUGUGUGUAAUUCAUUGAGAGAAUGUCCCAUCUUUUUUAGAAGAUGUAAAAGGAGAGAUUAAGUUGACUGGAAAUAUAGAAAUAUACUUUUGUAAAAGACCAAGAAGUAUACAAUUAAAGUUUAUUAAUUUAUUAUUGUUACUACAGCAACAUUGAGUAUUUGUAUACAAGUAUGUCUUUUGUUAAAUUGCACACAUUGUGAUAACAAAUAAUAAACUAUAUCUAUAUACGUGAAUUAUAUUCAAUUAUAUUAGUUCUAAUAUUAGAAUGAAUCUCUUCAUAUAGUCUUACAGCUAUUCAUAAAGACUACUUAUUGCAAUGCAUGCAAUGUAUAACAUUGCCUAAACAUUGUUUAAACAAAAAUGGAAAAAGUAAAACAUUUAAAUUAUAAAAAUAUCAACUUAUUAAUAUUGAAUGCUACAGCAUUUAAAUUUUAUAUUUAUAUUUAAAUUUACAACACAAUAUAAUGAUAUACCUAUAUACCUAUAA